AUGUCGGAGCAAGAGGAAGCCUUCGGUCCGCUGCCUUCGCCCGGCGGCUCCGACUCCAAGGACGCGCAGAUCGACAACAAACACGAGAAACUCAACGGGGCGAGCAAGUCCCCGUCCUCCCAGACCACCUACAUCCAACAGGGAAUGGAAGGAAUAAAGGUGUAUCUGCACGAGCGGGAGCUGUGGGUGAAGUUCCAUGAAGUGGGAACAGAGAUGAUCAUCACCAAAGCUGGAAGACGCAUGUUUCCCAGUUUUAAAGUGAAAGUCUCGGGACUCAACCCAAAAACCAAAUAUAUUUUACUGAUGGACGUGGUGCCCGCGGACGACCACAGAUACAAGUUUGCAGACAAUAAAUGGUCGGUAACGGGGAAGGCGGAGCCCGCGAUGCCCGGGAGGCUGUACGUUCACCCGGACUCUCCGGCCACAGGCGCGCACUGGAUGCGGCAGCUCGUGUCUUUUCAGAAACUCAAACUGACCAACAACCACCUGGACCCGUUCGGACACAUCAUCCUUAAUUCCAUGCAUAAGUACCAGCCUCGGAUCCACAUCGUCAAAGCGGACGAGAACAACGGCUUCGGCUCCAAGAACACGGCCUUCUGCACUCACGUGUUUCCAGAGACCGCUUUUAUCGCCGUCACGUCCUACCAGAACCACAAGAUCACGCAGCUCAAGAUCGAGAACAAUCCGUUCGCAAAAGGAUUCAGAGGAAGUGACGACAUGGAGCUGCACCGCAUGUCCAGGAUGCAGAGCACUAAGGAGUAUCCGGUCGUCCCCCGCAGCACGGUGCGUCCUCGGGUUGGUUCGAGCCAAAGUCCUUUCGGGGGCGAGAUCCAGAGUCUGAGCUCCACCCCCAUCAGCGGCCAGUACUCCCACUGCGACCGCGGCGUCUCCGGCUCCUCCCAGGACCUGCAGCCGGCCUCCUACCCACCUCCUCAGGACCACAGCCAGGAGUACCACUGCAUCAAGAGGAAAGUGGAGGACGACUGUCGUUCUGGGGAACACUCGUAUAAGAAGUCUUACCUGGAGAGCUCGUCGAGUGAAGACGACCAUUACUACCGCCCGCUCGGCUACUCCCAGAGCCUGGGCUUGGCGGGGGGUCCCUACCGCAGCGAGAGCAGCCAACGCCAGGCCUGUAUGUACGCGGGGGCUCCUCAGGGGGGGUCCGAACCGGUGCCCAGCCUGGAGGACAUCAGCUGCAACACGUGGGCGAGCGUGUCCCCCUACGGCAGCUGCUCCGUCACCACCAUGCAGCCCAUGGAGCGGCUCCCCUACCAGCACUUCUCGGCCCACUUCACCUCGGGGUCCCUGGUGUCCCGGCUCGGAGCGGUGGGGGGCCACGGCUCUCCGCAGCUGGGGGACGGCCACCACGCAGCCAUGUACCAGAGCCCCAUGCACCAUCAGACUCUGGCCCGACAGUGCAGCCCCGGAGCCGGGAUCCAGUCGCCCACCGGGAGCCUCCAGGGGAACGAGUACCUGUACCCCCCCCACAGCCUCCCGCGCACGCUCUCUCCGCACCAGUACCACGCCGUGCACAGCGUUAGCAUCCUGCCAGAGUGGAGCGACAACAGCUAA